AUGGCAGGCUGCGAAAACGUGUCUGCAUUGCUCAAUCAACAAUCAAAAAGCAAUUCCUUUCCGACGCUGAUGUUUGAUACACUCAAAAUAUGCAUACAAAUGAAAGGUGUUGAAAUUUAUUUCAUGGAAUUUUAUGGCACACAAAAUGAUAAAUGGACUUUACGAGUGUCGACACUGAUGAAACUUCAACUCAUUCUUAAACGAGAGCGCAACACGUUAGUUUGUUACACAAGGACAAAUAGCGUUGAUAAAAUGUAA